UGUUGGCGAUGCUGUUCCACCUGUGGCCCACUGUUAGUGUCGCUUCAGAACGAGGGGGAGGAGCGAUGUUGGCGAUGUUGUUCCACCUGUGGCCACUGUUAGUGUCGCUUCAGAACGAGUGGGAGGAGCGAUGUUGGCGAUGUUGUUCCACCUGUGGCCCACUGUUCGUGUCGCUUCAGAACGAGCGGGAGGAGCGAUGUUGGCGAUGUUGUUCCACCUGUGGCCCACUGUUCGUGUCGCUUCAGAACGAGCGGGAGGAGCGAUGUUGGCGAUGUUCCUCCGCCUGUGCCCGCUGCUGGCGUCGCUUCUUGUCGUCGCGCUGGCAGAAUCCGGCGGGUCGCGCACCCCGGAGCCGCCGGGGUCGUGCGUCGCCGGGAUUCCGGGAAUCCCAGGGCACCACGGCGCUCCCGGCAGGGACGGCCGGGACGGAGAGAAAGGGUACGCGGCGAAUUCGGGCGGCUGGGGACCGCUGCUGCCCCAGGGUACGCGGCGAAUUCGGGGCGGCUGGGGACCGCUGCUGCCCCAGGGUACGCGGCGAAUUCGGGGCGGCUGGGGACCGCUGCUGCCCCAGGGAGUGACCGGAUCCAAGGGUGAGCCCGGAAUUCCCGGGAGCAAAGGAGCCGCGGGCGACAAAGGGAGGGAGCCCGCGGUCCCCAAGUCGGCCUUCACGGCCAAGAUCUCCUCCUCCAAUCCCCCCGCGGGCUCGCCCAUCAAGUUCGACGUCGUCGUCAGCAACGAUCAGGGCCACUACGAUCCCCUGAGCGGGAAGUUCACCUGCGUUCACCCGGGCCUCUACUACUUCGUGAUGCACGCCCACGUCCGUCAAACGCCCCUGUGCGUGGCGCUGACGAAGAACGGCGAGCGGGUCGUUCACUUUUGCAAUGACUACACGGCUACCAUAUUUGCCACGGCUAUGAGUGGUGGGUCAGUGCUGAGCCUAAAGGCGGGUGACAAGGUCUGGCUUGAGGUGCUGGACGCUUAUUUUGGAAUGUUCUUUCAACUGGGCUAUCGCGACAGCUCGUUCACGGGAUUUCUUCUGUUCCCCGAGUAGAAUGAGAAUCUGAGCGCAACAGUGCACAGGGAGUCCUCCACUUGCGGGCAUUCGACUUUCCAGCCUUCUGAGAUACCAACAGACCUCUCCGUUUCCCCGGUUGCAGCCGUUCGCACCGAGGGUCGUAAGUUGAACCGCCGCGCGAUCGAUGGCGGCGGUGACGUCGACAUCUGCAGAGCAUGUGGGAUCAGUGGCACCUGCGUCUGCAGGAGAUCAUACACAUUUUGAAGGCAUUCCCCGUGUUCAAUGCACAUGCCGUACACUCGAAUCGACAGGAGUGAAGUUGGACUUACGAACAAACCAGACUAACGGGCAGAGCUCUGGAACCCAUCGCGUUCAUAAGCAGAGGAGUCCCUGUAUUGUACGCUAUUGGCGCAACACACUGCGAUGGUAGUUUUUGUUGUUGUUGUUGUUGUUAAGAAACUGGCCGUAACCACACACUCAAAAGCCAAUGCACGUGUAAUGACCAAAAAUAAGAAGCACUCACCCCAAGCAAAUGUGCAGCCCAGUGGACUUGCAGGAAGUAGGCCAAGGCCUCCUAUUGGCGCAGAGAGGCCUGCAGGAUGAUUGGUCGGCAGGCAAGGGGGAUUUUGACAGGAUUGGAGGAGAGGCUCAAACGGGAAGAGGUGGGAAGCAGAAGUGGAACCGUUGAGGAGGACGGGGAUCGGCUGGAGAAAAAAAACAUUGAUCGGGGCUUUGACACGUAGGCUUUCGCGACCAAUUUAGUGGCACAACUAACGACAGGAGGGGCAAGGACAGUGGGCACGCGUGAAGUGCAUGCAAAAUGUACCUCGAUUGCCAUGCGAACAAGCCAACCGGUAACGGAUACCCACUGCGAUGCAUAAUGCGGGCCAUUAAUCGCUCCCCACUUCGCACAGGAAGGACCUCGCAAGUGACGUCAUCGCAUCCGUCACCUCUAUUUAAAGGAAUGAAGGGCAGGAGGUUCUCUCCACACAUCUGGCCUGCCACGAAGCUUCGCCAGCAAUUGCUGGCGAAGCCUCGUGCUCGGUCUGUUCGGGCUGUGCGUGAGAGACCCCACUCGAAACGAGAGAUGAUGCGGAGAUUGCUCGAGGGAAUUGCCGGGGUGCUCACUCGCUCCAGCUCCUCUCAAUUCCCACACCUCCUCGCCCCCUCCUCCUUCAACUCCCCGUGGCUUCCCGUCCACUACUGCUGUCCACGGUGGCUCGGAGGUGUUAACUACCUCGUCUGGUAUUCAGGAGGUUUGUUGGUUCUAUCCCGACCCUAACGCCUGUUUCUUUGGAGUUUGCAUCUCUCUCUCUCUCUCCCCGUGGUGGUCACCGAGUGUAGUUUUUGUUAAGGUCCAGCGGUGUUAUCCCUCCGCACUUAGAAUCAACGUCGCGCGUUUAGAGCAUUAUGGGUCUCCGUGUCUCGAUGGGACUCUGUAUCU